CCGCGCAGUCGCUCGGCGGGCCAUGGAGGCGGGCGGCGGGGCCGGGGCGCGGCGCUCCGCGCUGCUGCUGCUCCUGCUGGCGGCGGCGCUGGGCGGCGAAGCGGAGGCGGAGGAGCCGCGCCCGGCGCGGCAGCGCGGGGACGAGCAGUGCCAUUACUACGCGGGCGGGCAGGUGUACCCCGGGGAGGCGGCCCGGCUGCCCGUCUCCGACCACUCGCUGCACCUCAGCCAGGCCAAGAUCUCCAAGCCAGCACCUUACUGGGAGGGAACAGCAGUCAUUAAUGGAGAGUUUAAAGAGCUGAAGCUAACAGAUUAUGAAGGAAAAUAUCUUGUCUUCUUCUUCUAUCCUCUUGACUUUACAUUUGUCUGUCCAACUGAAAUCAUUGCCUUCAGUGACCGAAUUGAAGAAUUCAGAGCAAUAAAUACUGAAGUAGUAGCAUGUUCUGUGGACUCAAAAUUCACUCACUUAGCAUGGAUUAAUACUCCUCGUAAACAAGGAGGACUUGGACCAAUGAAGAUUCCCCUUCUUUCUGAUCUGACACACCAGAUUUCAAAGGAUUACGGAGUGUAUCUGGAAGAUCAAGGGCAUACACUUAGAGGCCUUUUCAUUAUUGACAAUAAGAGAAUCCUUCGACAGAUCACAAUGAACGACCUUCCUGUUGGGAGAUCAGUGGAUGAAACACUUCGUUUAGUACAAGCAUUCCAGUACACAGACAAACAUGGAGAAGUUUGCCCUGCUGGUUGGAAACCUGGCAGUGAAACAAUCAAACCAGAGGAAGCCAUGAGAGUGUGGUGGCCAAGGGAAGAACUAUAAUUCCAGAUCCAGCUGGAAAACUGAAGUAUUUUGAUAAACUAAACUGAGGCUCACUUCUGUUGAAUUCCGUAGGUCACAUUCAGCCUGAUUUUUGCCAAUAAAAUUUCAUUAAUUUUGGUA